AUGGUCGGACCGCGCCCACUUCUCGUGCUUCUAUCUGGCGCCUCUCUAUGGGUGUUGUCCAGCCAUGGGGCGCCUGCGAACGGGAUGCACGUCACCCGAGGCGGGGACAUGCCCCCAGCGGAGGUCCGAGUUGCUGGUGGACCUCUUUCCGGGCAUCACGCCGCACUCGGGUCUGAGGGUCAAGACGCCAGUGUCCGAUAUCAGUUAGACAGUGUCUCUCCGGGCUCGGAAGCCGCGGCCGAAGACGGGCUUUGGGAAGGCGACGCACUCUCGAGGAGAGCCACGGGCAGGAAGUCCGGAUCCUUCUUCAGCCGUUUCAAGCGACCCUUUAGUAGGCGGCCCUCUACCAGGCGGCCCUCCACCAGGCGACCCUCUGCUGGACGGCCCUUCGCCGGACGGCCUUUUACAAGGGGCCCGUCGUCAACCCAAACGGCCGCCGGGGACUCUCGUUCCGGGGGUCUUCCUGCGAAGCAGCCGAUGGCUGACGAGACCGCCCUUGAUGAGACCGCGGCCGACGAGACCGCCGUCGAUGGGGCUGCCGCCGAUGGGACCGCCGCCGAUGGGACUGCCGCCGAUGGGACUGCUGCCGACGGCUUCUCGGGCGAAGAGGGUUCAGGCGCCGAGGGAUCUACCGGCGAGACGACCGCCGAUGGGUCUUCUGUAGACGAGGCUCAAGUCCAGAAGCGAUCCACCACCAAAGGCUCCACAAAGAAGGUGUCCACCAGCGCGACUACUGCUGAUGAGACCACCGCUGAUGAGACCACCGCUGAUGAGACCACCGCUGACGAGACCUCCACCGGCGCGACCACCGCUGACGAGACCUCCACCGGUGCGACCACCGCUGAUGAGACCUCCACCGGCGCGACCACCGCUGAUGAGACCUCCACCGGUGCGACCACCGCUGAUGAGACCUCCACCGGCGCGACCACCGCUGAUGAGACCUCUACCGGCGCGACCACCGCCGACGAGACUACCACCGAUGAGACUUCUACUGGCGCGACCACCGCUGAUGAGACCUCCACCGGAGCGACUACUGCUGAUGAGACCACCGCUGAUGAGACCACCGCUGAUGAGACCUCCACCGGAGCGACUACUGCUGAUGAGACCACCGCUGAUGAGACCACCGCUGAUGAGACCACCGCUGACGAGACCUCCACCGGCGCGACCACCGCUGACGAGACCUCCACCGGUGCGACCACCGCUGAUGAGACCUCCACCGGCGCGACCACCGCUGAUGAGACCACGACCGGCGCGACUACUGCCAACGAGACUUCAGCUAACGAGACUUCUACCGGCGGGGCAUCUUCCAGAAAGACCUCCGCGAGCAAAACCGGUUCUAAGAAGACCACCUUAAAGAAGACUGCUGCCAAGAAGGCCGCUGCUGAUGAUACUGCCGCGGAGUCCGUAUAG